AUGAACUGGCUCAAGUCUACCCUCGCAAGUGUCGCAGGCACUCAGGAGCCCAUCUAUGGGCCUGAGGCCAUCCAGUCCGUCGCCCAGCAGGCCCAACACACCCCCUAUACCGAGUUGACCAAGGACGAUCUGCGGUGGCGCGCUUACCAAUAUACCAAUGUCGAGACCCAUACCUUCUAUGCGAUGGCCGACAAUGGCACCCUGGUCAUGGUGCAGGUGAUCUACAGCAACAUCGCAGGAAUCCACACCACCGCGCAGUUCAACACCAAGAUCUUCAACCUCAACGGCGAUGAACCGCACGUCUGGCACUCCGACCCGCUGUCCAACUACAUGUUCGACGAGCAGAUGCUUUCCUUCGGAGCCGACAACCUCGCCCUGACACUGAACGAGGAAGGGAAUGCAUACACCAUCAAGUCCGCCGUCAACGACGAUAGUCUGGUGAAUCUGACCUUCACCCGCACCGCUCCUGGCUUUGUCGUCGGCAAGGACGGCACUUCGUACUUCGGCACCGACGCCGCCAACCCCUGGGGUUCGAUGAUGCACGCGUUCUGGCCUCGGUGCCGCGUCGAGGGUACGAUCACGACGAAGGAGAAGACGUAUGACCUUGCCGGUCGGGGAAUGUUCAUUCACGCCAUCCAGGGCAUGAAGCCCCAUCACGCCGCUGCGCGCUGGAAUUUCGUCAACUUCCAGACCCCUUCAUACUCCGCUGUUAUGAUGGAAUUCACCACCCCUCCUUCGUACGGCUCGACAGUCGUCAACGUUGGUGGUAUCGUCAAGGACAACGAGAUCAUCUACGCCGGUACGACGAACUCGGCGGUUCACACCGGAUCGUCCCAUGACUCGGAUAGCGACUGGCCCCAACCCACGUCGAUUAAGUGGUUGUGGGAAGGCAAGUCGAAAGACGAGAAGGAGAUUCGCGCAGAGCUCGAGGGACCGCUCGGCAACCGGUUAGACCGCAUCGAUGUCAUGGCCGAGGUGCCGGGCUUCGUGAAAGCCAUUGCGGGCAGCGUUGCUGGAACACGGCCGUAUAUAUUCCAGUUCUCUCCUCAGGAGAAGCUCUCGCUGAAGCUCAAGGUCGGAGACGAGGAGAUCACGGAGGAAGGAUUCAUGUUCUCCGAGGCGACCUUCAUUUCCUGA